AUGACUCAAAUACGCCAGGAACCUGAAGACGAAGCACAAAGGUCGUGUGUCAAAGUAAUGGUACUAUUCGGAAUUCUAACUAUAUGCGAUAAGACACUCGAAAAAAUUCCAUUGUACUACGAUUUCAAGCUAUUACUCGCACUACUGCUCUUUGUUGAACCCGUCAGAUUGAUCGAUAAAAUUAGAGAAUUGAUAUACGGAAAGAAUGCACAAGAAAGUCGCAUAUUUAACAAGAAUGAGAUGGAUACGCUUAAAAGUAGCAAGCGCUCUCCAAGACCUGAAAAGCCGUAA